AUGGACGAGGGGGGCAAGUAUCAGCAGGGCUGGCUCGCCGUCGGUCUGCCGCCGGCGCCGGUGCUCGCCGUCACCGGCAUCGUGACCUUCUUCCUCUACCUGUCGUGGCAGAUGGACGAGUUCGAGGAGCAGCUGCGCCAUCGCACCCAGGCAGGCUUCUGGGUGCUCAUGGUGCUGGGGCUCCUCGCCCUGGGCUUGCUCGCGCAGCACGUGCUGUUCGACGGAGAGGGGAGGGUUGCCGUGCCGGCGGCAUGGCGAGGCCAGCCCGAGGGCGGCUCCGGCACGUCGCCGUGGGGCGUCGCGGCCCUUGUGGCUCUGCUGCUGGUGCUAGUGUCUCACAGGUCCGAUUUCCAGAUAUUCAAGCCCCCGGGGUUUAGAUGA